CUCUAUCGCGAUACAUAUCCCACCAUGGCGGUCACAAAUGGAGACAGCGCUGCUGCAGCUGCAGAUCUCGACGUCAAGCCUCCUGAGAAUAUCGUCAUUCCUCCAGCGAGUGUCCGUGGCAGUGCCGCCAAAACCGCAGAUUUCGUUCAUCGUAGAGGCGAUGCCGCACUCGCCGGCCUCAAGCAGCGCAUUGCCAACGACCCCAAAAGCCAGAUUACCUUCAUUCUAGACGACGACCCAUACAACCCGUACUUCCUGUGGUAUCUAGAGCAAUUGAAGGCCGGCCAUGGCCCCGCUGCAAAGGGCGCUGCCCAGCCUGUACCAGAGAAGCCAAAAGGACCUCCAGAGCCAGCCAAGUUUCGCUUCUCUGCGCGCAUGCCAAAUAUCAGCGCUAAGGAUCUUGAGGUGCUGAAGCUGACAGCUCUGUACACAGCACGCGUCGGCGAGAACUGGCUAAAGGAGCUACGGAACCGCGAGUCUGGCCACUUCCAGUUCGACUUCCUUCGACCGAACCACAGCUUUUUCCAGUUCUUCAGAUCGCUUGUCGACCAAUACAAGAUACUACUCGAGGAGGAGCAGACAGUAGAGGCGCGCAUCGAGGAGCUGCAGCAGAAUAUCAAGAACCGCUUCCAUGUUCUAGAGCGAGCGAAGGGCCGUGCUGAGUACGUCAAGUACGUCUCGGCGCAAAAGGAGAAGGAAGAGAAGAAGGCCGAGGACGAGAAGAGGGAGUAUGCCACGAUCGAUUGGCAUGAUUUCACCGUUAUUGCAACAGUGCUGUUCGAUGAGGCCGACGAUGCUGCAGAUCUCCCUCCGCCCGCGCUGCUCAACGAUCUACAGUCGCAGUCGCUCGAACAGAAAGCCGCCGUUUCCCUGUCGACAAGACGUCUCGAGGAAGCCAUGCCUGACGAGUCCACAUACUACAAUGCCACGCAACAGAAUGUGGCACCACAGCAGGCCUACCCGGUGGCACCACCCGUACCCACGGUUCCUGUCGCCUACCCACAAUACGCACCACCGCCCCAGGACUACUCAUACAUGGCAGCCCAAAGGCAGCGCGAGGAAGAGCAGGCGCGUGCUCAGGCAGAGGCUGAUGCGAGGGCGCGCCAGCAGGCUGCAACAAGAGGAGCGCCUGGUCGCAUUGUCACAGACUAUGUUCCCCGCGCGGCGAAGAAAGCCAAUGUUGCGCCGGUCGUGUGCCCUAACUGCAAGCAGAACAUCCCUGCGAACGAGAUCGAUGAGCACAUUCGAAUCGAGCUGCUUGACCCGCGCUGGAAAGAACAACGAGACAAGGCCGAGCAACGCUACUCGACCACGAUCAAUACGGCAGAUGUUGCGAACAACCUCAAGCGUUUUGCCAGCCAACGUGACGACAUUUACGACGGUGCUACCGGUCAGCCCGUAUCCGCCGAAGAAGAAGCCCGCAGAAAGAAGGCAGCUGUUUCAUAUGAUGGACAGCCAGAUCCUGCUAAGGACGCUGCGCGUAUCCAGCAAAUGCAGUCAAUGAACGUACAAGAGCAACUGCGAAGGAUCCAGGAAAAGCACCGUCAUUAAGAGGAUACGGUAAGGUAAAUUCAUAUUUUCGAAAAGCGCUUCGUAGCCACUGCUUAGCAAGCCAUAAGCGGUCUGCGUGCACGUGCUCACAUCUACUGCAUUGGGUUGGAGUUUAGGCGUUUCGACGCAUGUACGAAGUAUACCCAGGGCGGGUGGAGAUCGAGAUGAAGAUCUUGUAUAACGUCUUCUGGCAGCUCAACUGCCCAUCAAAAUACCAUGAAGC